CUUUGAACAAAAUUACACAUCAUUACCACUGCUUCCGCGACCCGGCGUCCUGUCUUCUUUCUCUCCCUUCCACCUCCAUCCCUCGCCCCUCGAACCUCCAGACAAGGCAAAAUAACAAUAAAAAUCAACAUGGAGGCUCUUCUCCGUCAAUCGCGCGGCAUGUGCCCAUUCUUGCACAAGACAUCGCCCGCCACGCUCCGCUCGCUCAGCACCAGCACCAAUGCUGCCCAGGCCAACAUGUCCAACCUGCAGGUGACUGCCGGCCAGUGCCCUGUCAUGGGCAAGGCAUUGGCUGUUCAGAGCACCCGCGCCAACACUCUCCUGUCCGGUGCUUUUGGUGGCUCCCGUGCUUACAGCACUCGCACUACUCGUGCCCCUCGCGCCUAUCUGCACACCACUCGUGCUGAGAAGGCCCAGGCUGUAGACAGCAGCCCUCUGCGUCGCGACGAUGUCCGCUACCCUGCCCCUGCGCAGCACCAGCAACAACAGGUACACCAGCAGUCUUCCAAGGAUAUGCACGGUGCUCCUCCAGUACCCCCGAAUGCAUCUCGUUUUGACUACAACGCCUUCUACCAGACUGAGUUGGACAAGAAGCACAAGGACAAGUCGUACCGCUACUUCAACAACAUCAACCGUCUGGCCAAGGAAUUCCCCCGUGCUCACAAGGACACUCCCGAGGACAAGGUCACUGUCUGGUGCUCCAACGACUACCUUGGCAUGGGCAGAAACCCCCAGGUCCUGAAGAAGAUGCACGAGACUCUCGACAUGUAUGGUGCCGGCGCUGGAGGAACUCGCAACAUUUCUGGCCACAACCAGCACGCAAUGGGUCUCGAGGCAACUAUUGCUAAGCUCCACGCAAAGGAAGCCUCCCUUGUCUUCUCCUCAUGCUACGUCGCCAACGAUGCCACUUUGGCCACCCUUGGUUCCAAGUUCCCUGACUGUGUUAUUUUGUCUGACAGCAGCAACCACGCUUCCAUGAUUCAGGGCAUCCGCCACUCGGGUGCCAAGAAGAUUGUUUUCAAGCACAACGACAUGGCCGAUCUUGAGCAGAAGCUGGCUUCGCUCCCUGCAGAGACUCCCAAGAUUAUCGCUUUUGAGAGUGUGUACAGCAUGUGCGGCUCCAUUGGUCCUAUCGAACAGAUUUGCGACCUUGCAGACAAGUACGGCGCCAUCACUUUCCUCGAUGAAGUCCAUGCUGUUGGCAUGUACGGCCCGAAUGGUGCUGGUGUUGCUGAGCACCUCGACUACGAAGUAUACGCAAACGGUGGCAGCCCCAAGGGCACUAUUCAGGACCGUAUUGAUAUCAUCACUGGUACUCUUGGAAAGGCUUACGGUUGUGUUGGUGGUUACAUUGCUGGCUCCAGCAAGCUUGUCGACACCAUCCGCUCUCUUGCUCCCGGUUUCAUCUUCACCACCUCGCUCCCUCCCGCCACCAUGUCCGGUGCCCAAGCCGCCAUCGAGUACCAGAUGGCCUACAAGGGUGACCGUCGUCUGCAGCAGCUGCACACCCGCGCUGCAAAGGACGCCCUUGCCGCCAAGGACAUCCCCGUCAUUCCCAACCCCAGCCACAUCAUCCCCGUUCUCGUCGGCGACGCCGCAGUCGCCAGAAAGGCCUCUGAUCUCCUCCUCGAGGAACACGGCAUCUACGUCCAAGCCAUCAACUACCCCACCGUUCCCGUCGGCCAAGAGCGUCUCCGUAUCACCCCUACCCCCGGUCACAUCCGCGAGUACCGUGAUCACCUGGUCGACGCCCUCGACAAGGUCUGGAACCAGCUUGGUAUUAAGCGUACCUCUGACUGGGCUGCCCAGGGCGGCUUCCUCGGCGUUGGCCAAGACACUUCUGUCGAGCCUCUUUGGACUGACGAGCAGCUUGGUCUGUCCGAGGUCAACUCUGAGUUGAACAAGGCCGGCAAGGAUGCUGUCAAUGUUCUUGAGAGCGUUCUUGAGGCUGAGAGAAAGGAGGUCGCUCAGGCUGUUGCUUCGGCUUAACUCUGAGAAUAUCAAACCACUUUUUUCACCUGUGAAACACUUGUGCCUAAACGUCAAUUGUGUGAUAUGUGACAU